AUGCAACCAAGGGGAGGCUAUAAUGAUCAAUUUUCUAACCCCUAUGGUUAUGAAGAUAAUGAGGACUUUAGAGCACAAUAUCAACCAAGAAGUCCACCACCACCUUGGGCUCGCUAUGAUGAUCAACGGAUGGCAUAUGAUGAUUAUUACCGUCCGAAAAGAAACCAAAGCCAUUAUGAUGAAACUCAAGACCACUAUCGAAAUCAACAUGAAGGAGACUAUGAGGAAUACAUAUCCCAAGAAAGAUAUCAUCAUGCUCCACCACAAAAUUUCUAUUCACAAAAUGUCUACCCUCAUAACUCUUACUCCGAACAAAUUCACUAUUCACAAUCCCCUCGAAAUGAGAAAUAUGUCCCAUACAUGCGAGAUGAACACUACCCUUCAUACACUCAAAAUCCCCAAUACCCUCCAUAUUCUCAAGAUCAUCAAGACUAUCCAUACUACUCCAACCACUAUGAGAAUGAGGAGUACAUGAUGCAACCAUAUGAGGAGGAAAUCACGGAAGACACGAAGAACAAGAUAUUGGCAAUAAUGGAAGAAUUUAAGCAAGACAUGACCAAUAUGAGGGAAGAGUGGAGUGAUUCAUUUGACCCCUCCGAUGAUGAUGAUGAAAAUUGUGUUGAUCCUUGUGAAAACAAUUUUUUCGUUUCUUUAAAUGAGAAUGAUGUUCUUGAGUCUUUUACUUUUGAUGAUGAAUCUUUGUCAAAUGAGCUUACUAAUGAUUUGCAUGAGAUAUGUGGUGAUGAUGAUGUCAAUAUCGAGGCUAGCUUGUGUGAUUUAAAUGAUAUUGAAUGUGUGACUUUCCAUGAUAAUUGCCUUGAUGAUGCUUUAUAUAUUCAUGAUUUGAUCGGUAAAGAUCGGAGUGAAGUGGUUAAAAAUGAGAAUGUAAAAGAAGAGGUUGAAGAAAAGGAAGAGAUAAGAAAUGAGAGUGUUAGGGAGGAAGUUGAGGAGAAAGUGAAAAAUGAUCAAAAGGAGUUUGGUGAAGAGAAGAAAAAUGAAAAAAAAAAAAAAAAAGGAAAGUUGGAAGAUAAUAGCAUACUCAGGGACAUGGAUAGUUGCAAACCUUUAGAGGAGAGUAUGCUAUGUAUUGAAUUAAAGGAGUUUGCUAAUGCCCGUCAUUUAAGGGCAUAUCUUGAAGAAAGAGUGGAUGGGGCAAAAGGACUUGUCCCCGUCCAAAUUUAG